AUGCGAGGUUCUUAUGGAGACAGAGACAGGGACAGGGACCGUGGCCGAGACAGACCCCGGUUUGGCCCUCCUGGUGGUCGGAGCAGUGGACCUCCACCCAUGAAAUUUGGGAAUCCAGGGGAACGCCUUCGCAAAAAAAGAUGGAAUUUAGAUGAACUACCGAAGUUUGAAAAAAACUUCUACACUGAACAUCAAGAAGUACAACGAAUGACUCAGUACGAUGUGGAUGAGUUUCGCCGAAAGAAGGAGAUCACACUUCGAGGUUCUGGAUGUCCACGGCCAGUCACAUCUUUCAGCCAUGCACAGUUUCCUCAGUAUGUGAUGGAUACUUUGAUGCAGCAGAACUUCAAAGAGCCUACAGCCAUCCAGGCCCAGGGUUUUCCAGUUGCUUUGAGUGGCAAAGACAUGGUGGGCAUUGCUCAAACUGGUUCUGGAAAGACUCUUUCUUAUCUUCUCCCUGCCAUUGUGCACAUCAAUCACCAACCAUAUCUAGAGCGGGGCGAUGGUCCGAUUUGCUUGGUGCUUGCGCCCACCAGAGAGCUGGCCCAGCAAGUCCAACAGGUGGCAUACGACUAUGGAAAGGCAUCACGGCUCAAAAGCACUUGUGUCUAUGGCGGAGCACCCAAAGGACCUCAGAUCAGAGAUCUUGAGAGAGGUGUGGAGAUUUGCAUUGCCACACCUGGUCGUCUCAUAGACUUUUUGGAGGCAGGAAAGACCAACUUAAGACGAUGCACAUACUUGGUGCUGGAUGAGGCUGACCGUAUGCUUGACAUGGGCUUUGAGCCUCAAAUUCGCAAAAUAUUGGAACAAAUUAGGCCUGACAGACAGACCUUGAUGUGGAGUGCGACCUGGCCAAAGGAAGUCCGACAGCUUGCAGAAGACUUCCUCAGAGACUAUGUCCAGAUCAACGUAGGUGCACUUGAGCUGAGUGCCAACCACAAUAUCCUGCAGAUAGUGGAUGUUUGUAUGGAGAAUGAAAAGGAAAACAAACUAAUUCAACUUAUGGAGGAGAUUAUGGCUGAAAAGGAGAACAAAACAAUCAUCUUUGUUGAAACCAAGAAACGUUGUGAUGAUCUAACACGCAGGAUGAGGAGAGACGGUUGGCCUGCAAUGUGUAUCCAUGGAGAUAAGAGCCAACCAGAAAGAGACUGGGUUCUUGCAGAAUUUAGAAGUGGCAAAGCCCCAAUUCUGAUUGCUACAGAUGUAGCUUCACGUGGUCUGGAUGUGGAGGAUGUCAAGUUCGUCAUCAACUAUGACUAUCCCAGCUCCUCUGAAGACUACGUCCACCGUAUUGGACGAACCGCCCGCAGCACCAACAAGGGCACCGCCUACACUUUUUUCACUCCAGGAAACCAGCGCCAGGCACGAGAUCUGGUCCGAGUUCUGGAAGAGGCCCGACAGGCCAUCAACCCCAAACUGCUGCAGCUCCUGGACUCAGGGCGUGGCGGAGGAGGUGGACGCAUGCGCUUCCGUGGCAACAACUCCAACAACCCCAACCUCAUGUAUCAGGAGGAAACCGAGCGGCGCAUGCGCACAGGCGGGGCAGGCAAAGACGGGCGCGGCAGCUUCAACCGCGACAGCCGCAGUAACCGCGACGGUGACCGUUCCAACAGCUCGUCUUCCUUCAGGGACCGCGACCGCCGGAACAGCAGUUCAGACCAGUACAACAGCAGCUACAACAGCGGUGGCUACAACUCCCGCAGCGGGCAGUCGGCGGACCAGCCCAAUCCGCCCCAGAGUCAGUACAACCAGCCACUCCCUCCCCCCCCCGGAGCCCCCCAGCCUCUCAUGGCUCAGCAGUUCCCCCCGCCGCAGCCUCCUCUGAUGGGCUUCAUGACCCAACCUCCGUACCCUUUCACUGCUCCGCCACCCCCGCCAGGACACCCACCUCCUCGAAAGUAA